AUGGCAACCCAACAUCAGAGAAACUUAUAUUUAUUGUCUCAUAGCUCUCAGUAUACUUCAUUGAUACAUAGCAAAGUGGACUUGGAAAGUGUCCUUUUCGUGCCAAGUGCAUUUAUUUCAAGGAUUGAAUUUGACUUCUCAGUGCCAUUUUUUCAGCAGAUGCAGUGGCCUCUAGAUUUCAACAAUUGUAUUCGGAUUUGA